AUGUGUGUGUGAGAAGGUGCAUCUUGAAGAGGGGUUUAGUUACAAUCGAUCUUGGGGGGGAAAUAUUGCCUAUGGUCCAAAAAUAAGGAGCGACUAUGUCCUUCUCCCAGUUCGGAUACCCCUACAGCACCACUUCACAGUUCUUCGUGUCCGGCAACCCCACCAUGACCUGCUGCGAGGCUGCGCCCCGCUCUGCGCCGGAUACCUCCCAGGGGCCGGCCUCCGCCUCCCUCUGCUGCGCCUCGUACGAGAGCCGGCUGCUGCCGCCGGGCCGCGCCGAGCUCAGUGCGGCGCUGGGCAUGUACGGUGCCCCGAUCGCCGCCGGCCAGGGCUACGGCAGCUACCUGCCCUACGGCACCGAGCCCGCCGCGCUCUACUCCGCGCUGAACCCCCAGUAUGAAAUCAAGGACGGCGCCGGCACGUUGCACUCGGGAAUCGCGCAGUCCGCUGCCUACUACUCCUACGAUCAUUCCUUCGGGCAGUACCAGUACGACAGGUAUGGGACAGUGGAUUUCAGUGGCUCGGCCAGACGCAAAAACGCAACGCGGGAGACGACGAGCACCCUCAAGACCUGGCUGUACGAGCACCGAAAAAACCCCUACCCCACCAAAGGAGAGAAAAUCAUGCUGGCCAUCAUCACCAAAAUGACCCUGACCCAAGUGUCCACUUGGUUUGCUAACGCCAGAAGGAGGCUCAAGAAAGAAAACAAAAUGACCUGGUCUCCCAAGAACAAAGCGGGGGAAGAGAAGAAAGAACCAACCCCGCGGGAAGAGGAGGAGUACAGCGCGGAGGGCGAAGGCAGAGAGCAGAAGAAGUGCAAAGAGGACAAGGAGCUGCAGUUCAGCGACCUGGAGGAGGCGGAGGAGGAGGAAGAGGAGGAGGCGGGGAAGCCGGAGAAGGGCCGGGCCAGCUCCCUGCAGGCAGCCCCCAGCAUCGCUGCGGCGCUUCCCGAGGCUCUGCGGAGCGAGUGCAGCCUGCCCGGCUCCUUCCGCGCCUUGCCCUGCGCAAAGGCCCCCGCUGCGGACUUCGCACCCCCCGCCCUGUCCGCCCCGCCACUGCCCUACGUGUCCGCGGAGAAGCCGCGCAUCUGGUCGCUGGCGCGCACCGCCGGGGCCAGCGCUGCGCGCAGGGGCAGCCCCGAGGGCGGCGGCGCGGCGGGGGAGCAGCCCCUGCCCGCCAAGGCCUUCCGGAGCUCCGCUUUCAACCUGCAGCCGCUCCCGCAGAGCUGCGCGUCCCAUCGCGGCCUGGGGGAGUCAUGCCAGUACGCGGCGGCGGGCGAAGGUACCCGCGGCGGCGGGGCCGCGGGGACGGGCGGGCCGGGCCGGGACACAAGGCGCGGCGUGAGCCCGCCUUCGGCUGACAACCUCCGUAUAAUCGCCUCGGGCCCGGAGUGGCGGCGGCGUUAAGCCGGGCCCAGGUGUCAGGCAGGCGCGGGUCCGUGUCCCCCAGCGGUGCAGACGCCAAGGCCUCGCCGCUGCAGGCGAGUAGGCAGGGGAGGGCUGCUGGGCCGGGCCCGGCCCACUGCGAGCCGCUUGUGUCUGUGCAGGCUUCGGGCGGGGCGCCAAGGGCGGCCCGGGAAGCUCCGAGCUGGGCGUGCCGUGCCUGGACAGGCUGCGGACGGCGUUCCGGCCGGUGCUGCGGUGGUGAGGUAGGUGACGGGCCGGCUGCUGAGCCGACCCC